GGUGUUCCAAUCCCCUCCAUAUCAUGUGAUUCAGGUGUUCCAAUCCCCUCCAAAUCAUGUGAUUCAGUGUUCCAAUCCCCUCCAUAUCAUGUGAUUCAGGUGUUCCAAUCCCCUCCAAAUCAUGUGAUUCAAGUGCUCCAAUCCCCUCCCAACCAUUGGAUUCAGGUGUUCCAAUCCCCUCCAUAUGAUGUGAUUCAGGUGUUCCAAUCCCCUCCAUAUCAUGUGAUUCAGGUGUUCCAAUCCCCUCCAUAUCAUAGUCAAUAGCUAAAGACCUCCAAACUUGGUGUGGCCUUCAGAUGAGCCCAACAACAGUGUGUAGAGAGCUUCAUGGAAUGGGUUUCCAUGGC